AAAACACAUUUUAGUCUCUAACAAGGUGCCGGACAGCGCAGACAGUGAGGCUUUCAGCUUUGAAAAGACGAGGUUUUAAAACCGUAUUUGGGUUUAUUUAUUGAAUUUGUUUGUGGGAUUCUGAGAAACGAAAGCAACAAGGAACCAGUUCAGACCUGCCUGCGGGUCUGUUUGGACCAGGAGAACCACCAAGCAUUGGUUUCUGACAGACUUGGAGCAUCAAAAAUCUGAGCUUGUCAACAAAAACACUGGAGGGUCUGACUGAAGUCUGUUUUUGUUGUGUUUACAUCAAAUCAAGCUUCCUUUGGAGGAUUUUCCUGGUCAGAUAAACCCUCCUCCCCUCCAGAACCUUCAACCACCUCCGUCACGGAUUUAAAGGAACAUUUGGAUUCAAAAACGUCUCUGGAUUAGUUCCUGGGAUUUGGGCCGGACCCYUCAGCUGUCAUGGAGGCUGUGGCGGCCAGGAUGGCCAUGGUGACCGACUCCCCGAACCCGUCUCUGAGAUCCAGGACCACGGUGACCACCGACGAGGACUCCUUCGUGAGCACGGCCAGCGUGCCCUGCAGCCACUUCCUGUCGGAGAACGCCGUCGCUGUGGUGGAGAAAUGCAUGAACUCCAUGCAGCUGGGGACCCAGAUGGUGAAGCUCCGCGGCGGCUCCAAAGGUCUGGUCCGGUUCUUCUUUCUGGACGAACACAAGUCCUGCAUCCGCUGGAGGCCAUCGCGCAAAAACGAGAAGGCCAGGAUUUCCAUCGACUCAAUUCGUGAGGUCUGCGAGGGCAAAAAGUCGGAGAUCUUCCAGCGGUACUCUGAGGGCUGCUUCGACCCAAACUGUUGCUUCAGCCUGUAUUAUGGCGAACACAUGGAGUCCCUGGACCUGGUGUCCGGCACCGGAGAGGAGGCCCGGACCUGGAUCACUGGACUCAAGUACCUGAUGGCAGGAAUCAGCGAUGAGGACAGUCUGGCAAAGAGGCAGCGCACUCGAGACCAGUGGCUGAAACAGACGUUCACCGAGGCCGAUAAGAACGGCGACGGCAGCCUGAGCAUCAGCGAGGUUCUUCAGCUUCUGCACAAACUCAACGUGAACCUGCCUCGACAGAAGGUCAAACAGAUGUUCAAGGAGGCAGACACAGACGACAACCAGGGAACUCUGGGCUUCGAGGAGUUCUGCUCGUUCUACAAGAUGAUGUCGACCCGCAGGGACCUGUACCUCCUCAUGCUCACCUACAGCAACCACAAAGACCACCUCGACACGGACGACCUCACCCGCUUCCUGGAGCACGAGCAAAAGAUGACCAAAGUGAGCAAGGAUCACUGCCUGGAGAUCAUCAACAAGUUUGAGCCGUGCUCCGAGAACCAGAAGCAGGAGGUUUUAGGAAUAGACGGUUUUACAAACUACAUGCGCAGUCCAGCUGGGGACAUCUUCAACCCGGAGUUCUACAGCGUGAACCAGGACAUGACCCAGCCGCUGUGCAACUACUUCAUCGCCUCGUCGCACAACACGUACCUGAUGGGCGACCAGCUGAUGUCGCAGUCCAGGGUGGACAUGUACGCCUGGGUGCUGCAGGCCGGCUGCCGCUGCGUGGAAGUGGACUGUUGGGACGGUCAGGACGGCGAGCCCAUCGUUCACCACGGCUACACCCUCACCUCCAAGAUCCUCUUCAAGGACGUGAUCGAGACCAUCAACAAGUACGCCUUCAUCAAGAACGACUACCCUGUGAUCCUGUCCAUAGAGAACCACUGCAGCGUCCCCCAGCAGAAGAAGAUGGCCCAGUACCUGGUGGAGGUCCUGGGGGACAAACUGGACGUGUCCAGCAUCAGAGCGGACGAGUCGGGACAGCUGCCGUCUCCAGAGCUGCUCAGGGGGAAGAUCCUGGUGAAGGGGAAGAAACUUCCUCCGAACAUCGACGAGAACGCCGAAGAGGGCGACGUGUCGGACGAGGACAGCGCCGAUGAGAUGGAGGACGACUGCAAGCUGAUGAACGGAGACUGGAAGACGUCGGCCAACAGGAAGCAGGUGGAGAACCUGGCCAAGAAAAAACUGGACAACCUGAUGAAAGAGUCCAAGAUCAGAGACCGAGAAGACCCGGACAGCUUCACCAUCACUGCCCUCCCUCCGUCCGCCAAGUCCUCCGACAAGACAGACGGGAAGGGUAAAAGCGAUGAAGGGACGGACAGCGCCGGCGAGUCGAACCCCAGCACCAAACGUACGAGCCGGUCCUUCAUUGGGAAUUUCUCUAAACGCAAGAAAAAGUCGUCCAAGCUGAAGAAGACCUCAAGCUUCGAAGACACCGACACGGACCAGGAGAGCACGAGCAGCGCCUCCCGCGCCCCGCUGCACCACAGCAAAAAGAAGAAAACCAUGAAGCUGUCCAGAGCUCUGUCCGAUCUGGUGAAGUACACUCGCUCUGUGGGUCUCUACGACGUCGAAACACAAGCCACCUGCAGCUGGCAGGUGUCGUCUCUGAGCGAGACCAAAGCUCACCAGCUGAUGCAGCAGAAACCGGCCUCCUUCAUCCAGUUCAACCAGCGGCAGCUCUCCAGGAUCUACCCGUCCUCGUACCGGGUGGACUCGUCCAACUUCAACCCUCAGCCCUUCUGGAAUGCCGGCUGCCAGCUCGUGGCGCUGAACUACCAGUCCGAGGGUCGGGUCCUUCAGCUCAACAGAGCCAAGUUCUACAGCAACGGGAACUGUGGCUACAUCCUGAAGCCCUCCUGCAUGUGUGAAGGUGCCUUUAACCCCAACCUGGAGGACCCGCUGCCGGGUCGGAUGAAGAAGCAGCUGGUGCUGAAGAUCAUCAGUGGACAGCAGCUGCCCAAACCCAAAGACUCCAUGCUGGGAGACAGAGGAGAGAUCAUCGACCCGUUCGUGGAGGUGGAGAUCAUCGGCCUCCCGGUGGACUGCUGCAAAGAGCAGACCAGAGUGGUGGACGACAACGGGUUCAACCCGAUGUGGGAGGAGACUCUGGUGUUCACGGUCCACAUGCCGGAGCUGGCCCUGGUCCGUUUCCUCGUGUGGGARCACGACCCCAUCGGCCAGGACUUCAUCGGGCAGCGGACCAUCGCCUUCAGUAGCAUGAUGCCAGGUUAUCGCCACGUGUACCUGGAAGGUAUGGAGGAGGCGUCCAUCUUUGUUCAUGUGGCGGUGAAUGACAUCACUGGUAAGGCCAAAGCGGCCGGCGGAAUCAAAGGGCUGUUCCACAGAAACCCAAAGCAGGCGUCUCUGGACAGCCAUGCUGCUGCUGCGGUGCACCACGCCCGUAAGCACCCGUUCGGCGCCCACCUCCUGCGCCGCACCGCCAGCGCGCCCACCAGAGGCCAGCCCAAACCCAAGAAGGGCUUCCCGGAGAUCGCCAUCGACGCCAAAGACUACAGCUCGGAGGGCGCCAGCGAGGAGCGGGAGUCCGAGGACCGGGACCGGGCRGCCGCCGCGCCGCAGCACCCCAACGGGGACUCGCUGGCGACCAACGGAGCUUUUCACCCGGAGGAGGGGAAAGAUGGGUGUACAGUGCAGAAAGCAGCCGCCCCUCAGUUUCCUGCACAUCAGGCUGAAGACGACGACAGCAGCUGUUCACUGCGCUCAGCCUCCACUCCAGAGGAGGAACUGUCCUCACAUCAAUCUGUCUCCACACCUCUGCAUCCCCUGUCAGCAGCUACCGCUCCUUCAACUGUUCACACCAACGUGAUCGCAGAACUCAAACCCUCGGACUUUUCCACCACGCCAUCAUCCCCAGACUCGCAGGACGCCCCGACAAACAGGUCUUUAGAGAAAAAUCACACGACGAACCAAGAAACUGUGAUGGAAAACAAACGUGAAGCGACUGAAACGAAGUCGCCACACAGAGCGGCGUCCGUCGAAGCCCCCAAAGUCCCGUCAGCUCAGCCACCACCGGCCAGGAGAGCACUUUUUACCCCAGCGGAUUUACCAGUCAGACCAGCAAAAAGCCACGGUUCUGUUGGAGCCGGCGGAGCCCCCGGUCCGUCGGCGGUCCCGGAGCUCUGCACGGACGCCACCAUGAACGACCGCAUCUGGAGGAAGCUGGAGCCGGGCAGCCACAGGGACAGCAUGUCCUCGUCCUCCAGCGUCUCCUCCAACGACACGGUCAUCGACCUGUCCCUCCCCAACCUGGCCGGGAAGAGCCCCGGACCCGGUCCAGGCUCCUGCCGCGAGCCCCCCUGGGUCGCCUGCCGCCGCUCAGCGCUGGGCUCCUGCGACGCCACGCGGGUCAGCAAGAGCAAGUCCAACCCCAACCUGGAGCAGAGCACCCGCUCUGUGGACGAGCUGAAGCCCCGCCCCCUGCAGUCAGACCAGGAGGACUCUCUGAGUCGGAGGAGGCACACCUGGUGCCGCCUCUACCUGGAGGGGCUGAAGCAGGCGUCGACCAGGAGACCGCCCCCCGCCCCCGCCACGUCUUCAAUGUCCAAGAGCCUGGGGGAUCUGACCUCCGACGACAUCUCCUGCAACUUCGACAGCAAGUACCGCAGCAUCAGCCGCAGCUUCAUGGUCCGGUCCAGCAGAGACCAGCUCCGUAAGGCCGGCCCYCUCAGACCCAGACCUCAGAGCGACCUGACGGAGCAGCUGCGCCGCCUGACCGACGUGGAGCCCCUGAACCCCGGAGACUUCUCCCCUGAAAACAGACCACCCAAAGACCCCCCCGAGGACAGCCCCGACGAGACCCUGGUGCGCAGGACCUCCUCCAGGAGCCAGAGCAGGGUCCGGUACAUCGCAAACCGGGCCAGGAAGGCCCAGGAGAGGCAGAGGCUGCAGGGUCUGGUCCAGGGCCGCAGCGCCAGCUUCAGCAGCCCCAUCGAGGAGCGGGGGAACCCCGAGGGGGCGUGCUCCGUGGCCUGCAGCAGCCUGGACUCUCCGGACCAGCUGACGCCCCACCAGUCCCUGUCCCCUUCUGGCCCGGACUCUGAACUAUUCUUCAUGCUCAACCUUUGAGAGACCCAUAUUCUCACAGAACUGUUGGUAGCAGAUCCAGGUCCAGAUCCGUUUUUGUGACUUCCUGUUCAGCUGGAAGCCUUUAGGUGCCUUCGAGCGGCAGAAACGAGACGAGGAUUGUUUGUCUUUACUCUGUAGGUCCCGUCCCAGGUUUGGGUUCUGGUUCCUCCUGAACCAGAGACAUAAAGAGGUCCUGUASAGGUCACCUUCAAGAACACGGGCUGCCCUGAAAACUGCCCGUUUGUCCCGACUGCAAGAACUGGACUUGAUCUGGAACGUUUUAUACGCAGACUGUCACUUUUUAUUUGACCGUAGCAAUAGAUCUUAAUUUAACAGGUUUUAAUAAACGUUUUGUUUUUUUAAUCGAACUGUAAUUAUUUCACGUUUUUAUUAGAAUCUUUGUGUCGAGGCAUCGCAUCGUCUCUUAGCAAUAUUUUGAAAGUGAUAGCAUGACAUUAAAGAAAACGACGAGGCUCAUUUUGUCUUUAAGUUUAUUUAGUUUCUCUUUGGUGUCGUGUUUUAAACGGAUGGCAUGUCGCAGCGCUGAGAGGCUGCUCUUUAAAGCAACACCUUCAAUAAUAACAGAAGAAGAAGUCAUUUCCUGUCGACUGCAUGCCUUUUUAUGCACUGUAGUUAUUUACAUAAGGCUGUGCUUUAUUUUACUAAGAGUUUUUAUAUGAAGAUUUUAAUAUUUUAACCUUUGUUUCUCUGUGGAUCGUGUUCCACGGCGUUCCGCAGGGCGUCGUGUCCGGGUCCCUGCGUUUUUGUUUUCUCUGUGGUUCUGAGUCUUGAUGGGAAUGAUCUGUUGUCUCGUCCACCAGCUGUAACCGUCCAAGUUCUUCGUUUGAGGACGAAAAGUUUGAGCAGAACAUGUAAUAAUGACCCGAAUAAAAGUCAAGAUAUUAAACGAUUCGCA